AUCAAGCAUACAGUGAUUAUAAUCUUAGUAAUGAACCACCUUCCAUUGAGAUUAAAUCCCUCAUCAAUCAACAAAAAAGUUGGGCUGAAUCUAUUCUUAUACAAGCAGUGAAUUUAUUUGAGAAGCCUGAUAAGGAAUAUUUUGAUAUUAACGAUUCUGUUCAAGAAACAGUGGUUAUUAUUCAGAGUAAUGAGAAUGAACCAAUCUACAUUCCAAAUAAUAAAGACAAAUUGAAAUCUCUUGAUAUUACCAAAGAACAACAAGGA